AUGCCGAAAGCGAAAGGCAAAGGCGGGAAAAACCGACGACGAGGGAAGAACGAUUCAGAAGAUAAGAGAGAGUUAAUAUUCAAAGAAGACGGACAAGAGUACGCGCAAGUUCUGAGAAUGUUAGGGAACGGACGUUUAGAAGCGCAAUGCAUCGACGGCGUGAAACGCCUGUGCCACAUUCGAGGAAAGAUGAGAAAGAAAGUCUGGGUGAACACGUCGGAUAUCGUUUUACUCGGCUUGAGAGACUUUCAAGACGAAAAAGCGGACGUGAUUUUGAAAUACACCGCGGAAGAGGCGAGAAGUUUAAAGGCGUACGGGGAACUUCCGGAUUCCAUCCGGGUCAACGAAACCGACACGUUCGAAGAGGAAAGAGACGAGAACGACGACUUUUUCGAUUUCGACGACAUCGCGGAUAUCUAA